AGGAAAAGAGAGGGAGGGAGUUUAGUAUGAGUCUCAUGGGAAGAUGCACAUAGCCAGUAUCUAGGUCUCCAGUAAACAUUUAUGAGGGUCUUAUAAAGCUGCUGUGCUACUGCAUGGAACCACGGAGGAAAAGCAAAGGCGAAAAUAUCAGCGACAAUUACACUUUGGUGCAACCUGCAUUAUCUCCACAUUUGAAAAGCAUAGGUUAGAGUCUGUGAUUGGAUGCUGAAAAGAGCGAAGGCAAUCCGAACAGAGAUCAUCCAACUGAACUGAAAAUGGCAGCUGAAGCAGCUCAAGAACUUGAUGAGCUAUGUUACCUGUCGGCACAGUCCUUGCCCACCUUCAAAGUAUCCAAACACUUCCAGGUGGUAAAACUUCUAGGAGAAGGGACUUAUGGAAAAGUCAUGCUCGCUGUGCACAGGAAGAGAGGAACUCCAAUGGCCCUGAAGUUCUUCCCUCGGAAGUCUACCCAACUCAUCUCUUUUCUGCGUGAAUACAACCUGUCCCUUUCUUACUGCACCCAUCCGUCACUGACACGGGCCCUUGGCAUCUUCUUCUCCACGUCAUCUUACUACGUCUUUGCCCAACAAGCAGGUCUCUACGGUGACCUCUACAGCGUUAUUGUGUCAGAGGUCGGACUGGAUGAAGACCGUGUGCAGAGGGUGAUGUCCCAGCUGAGUGGCGCCGUCACACAUCUCCACUCUCUGGGCUUCGUCCACCGGGACAUCAAACCUGAGAAUAUCUUCCUGUGCGACAAGGCCUGUCGCUGGGUCAAACUGGGGGACUUCGGCCUCACCAGGGCCAUCGGCACCACUGUUCGGGCCGUGUGGUAUGAGUCUCCUUUCUGCACUCCUGAGGCAGGAGCUGCCAAGGAAGCUCAGAAGGAGAUGGAGAGGAGUCAGAAUGAGGAGACUGAAAAGGAGUGGGAGGACAUUUGGAUAACAGUGAAGCCCUAUAUUGACAGUUGGUCCCUUGGUGUACUCGUCUACUGCCUUUUAACAGGCUGCUUCCCUUGGGAGGAGAGUACUCAUGAUGACCCUGCUUACCGUAAGUUUAAGAAAUGGUUUGACCAGGAAGACGAGAUGAAAAAUGUUGAGUGGAAGGGCAAUGAAGAGACUGUUAGUUCCAAAAUCAUGGAGCAAAAGCAAAAAGACAACCGUCCUCCCUCCCAGUUUGAGGGACUCAGCCCAUUAGUGAUGACUCUUUUAAAGGAGCUGCUCCACCCAGAGGCUAAACACAGAGGAAGCCCAGAGGACAUCUUGAGCUACCUGGGAGAGCCGUGGCUGAUGGAGACAGUUAGAGAGGAGGAAAGGAAAGCAGAGGAGGCUGAGAAAGAAGCCAUGAAAAUCAGAGAAAGAAGAGGAGUCGGCGAGGAGCUGCUCAGGGAAGAAAAAGGGGAGAGAUGAACUUUGUCUUUCGUAAAAAGUUUCAAAACCAUUUUCUAUGAAUAUGGUUUUUUUUUUGUUGAAAACAUGUAGCAAUAUGAUUGUAGAUGUUACUCCAGUCGAAAACUACGAGGUGCUGCAUUUUUCACGUUUGUAAAUAUUUUAAAUGAAGUUUCCACUUUUAUAGUUGUACCUACUUGUGUGUGUGUGUGUGUGUGUGUGCAUGGGUGUGUUAAAGCUGCUAUUUGUAAGAAUUACACUUUAAAAUAUUUAUGAAAGAAAAAAAUAAAACAACCAUUUUGACACUAUUUUUAAAAUAUAAAAAAUACUCUGUUGCUGAGAGAGCUGCUGAAAAUAUGGUGCUGAAGGCCAUCAAUCCUUGCAUUACCACCUUCUCCCACUAGAGGUGGUAUAAAUCAUUAAAAACCUUUUGUCUAGUAGUGUUUAGUAGAAUAAAUUAUGCUAGCUGACAGCGUGUUCUACUCACAUCUUAAUCUGUCGCCUGGACUAACCAUUUAAACCAAGUUUACAGAAUGGCCAGGGGGCAAAUCGGUGAGCAGUCAAUAGUCGCUUGUCAACACUCAAUCGGGGAGCAACAGGAGGACAUUGUAAACAUUCAAUGAAACAAAACAUUCCUCACAACAGAUCAAGUAACAACUUUUUCAUUAAAAAAACAUUUUUAACUCCGUCACCUUUUGUAGCGCAGAAAAUCACCUGUCUGGAUGUGCAAAGGCCAUUCUUUCAUCCAUAUUCAUUGUCUUUUCUUCACUCAUUUGGGUUCUGAAACAGUUAUUAACCAAACUUACGCCAUUUCUUCUCCGAAUCAGGUUUCAAAUAAAUAACUCAUGUUUUGCAGGGGGUUACGACUCAUUUGCCUCGUUUGCUGUGUUGGCAAAAUGUGGUUUGAACACCAGCUAGAGGGUGGAAUGUUUUAUCAGAUUUGGUAGUUUAUGACCCCUAAAUUGGGAUGCAAGAAGGCUAGAUCACAAGAUAUAACUGAAGCUCUGAGCAGACAGACUACAUUCCUACAACUAGCACCCACUCAAGAAACCACAUCUGGAGAUUAGGAGAAUAGAAAAAAAAGAAGAGAAUUGCAGUCAAAGCUAACAGUGGCACUGUUUCUGUGUGGUAGAAACAACCAUUAAUAUAUAAAAGAAUGAAAUCAAUGAAAAUUAAAUGAAUAUGCCUAAUGGAGUGGUACAUGAAGUGGUAUAAUGGAGAUUACUGUGCACUUUGUUGUGUCUUCAGUCCGAACUGACACGUUGACUUUCAUGUUGUGCUGCUCCCAUUUGGAAUAGGUUACAUAGUGUGCCUUUAAUUAAUUAUACAGAAAGAAUUUCAUGUUUGAAUAAAAUAAUCAUAUUUCCCUUUGGUCUCCUGUUGGUACUUACAAUAACACUUGCACUGAAGAUGAACGCAGUUUUAUAAUUUGACUUUAACCUCCCCAUUCCAAACAGACAGGAUAGUGCUUAAAAUCAGAGGCGAUUCUAGGGUCUGUUGGGGCCCUAGGCAAAAAUUUC